AUGUCUACUCCGGCCAGAAGAAGACUGAUGAGAGAUUUCAAGCGUAUGAAAGAAGAUGCACCACCUGGAGUGUCGGCGUCUCCCUUACCCGACAAUGUGAUGGUAUGGAAUGCCAUGAUAAUUGGACCUGCAGAUACCCCAUAUGAAGACGGCACAUUCCGUCUCCUGCUAGAAUUUGACGAAGAGUAUCCUAAUAAACCACCACACGUGAAGUUUCUGAGUGAAAUGUUCCAUCCAAACGUAUAUGCAAACGGUGAAAUCUGUCUGGAUAUUUUGCAAAACAGGUGGACUCCUACAUAUGAUGUGGCGUCGAUUUUGACUUCAAUUCAGAGUUUAUUUAAUGAUCCAAACCCAGCAUCUCCUGCAAAUGUUGAAGCUGCAACAUUGUUUAAGGACCACAAAUCCCAAUACAUAAAAAGAGUGAAGGAAACGGUGGAAAAAUCUUGGGAGGAUGAUUUAGAAGACAUGGAUGAUGAAGAUGAAGAUGAUGAGUGA